AUGUUCCGACGACUCGGUUUAGCAGACGAACUGCGAGCCAGGGGCGUUCCAUCACACUUUCCAUUUACCGUGCUCAUAUCCUCUGGCCUGGGGAAUGAGAAGGCACUCACCAAAUGGCAACUCCCCAGUGUCGACGAGUACCGAGCGCAGAUCAAGGCCAGUAAUGACGGCUCGCAACCCCGAGAAUCUUGGCAGCGGAUAUCGCUUAUUGUAUUUGAAGCAUGGAUGAAAGAACUGUGUGUGAAGAAUGAGAUGAUUGAUGCAAGGUUUGGGUGGAAAGUUGAGAGCAUCGAGGAACGCGACGGUAGAGUCAGGACUGUUGCGUCGUGCUCGAAGACCGGUGCGACCACGGAAAUUUUGUCAGACUAUGCUGUUGGAUGUGAUGGUGCGUCUAUACUUCUCGUCCACUUCAAGUCCAAAGACCUGACGCGGUUGCACGCUCAAGGCUACUUUUGGCACAUAUUUUUUGUGCGCGAGCCUGGAGUUUACAGUGGUGCGCUGAUCGCGCAGGAUGAGGUGGACCAAUGGACUAUCCAUUACAGCCUUCCCCUCGACACAGACACGUCAAAAAUCGGGUCCGAAGAAGCUGUAUAUACCGUGCUUGGUGGUCUAAAAGGCAGAUAUGAAAUCAAAAUCGACGAGAUAUUGCGCGUCUUCCUUGCCGGGGACGCUGCGCACCAGAACGUCCCCACUGGCGGCUAUGGUAUGAACACGGGAAUAGCAGACGCUUAUAACUUGGGUUGGAAACUUGCAGCAGCCAUGCAAUAUGGCGGUGCCGGACUGCUACGAUCGUACGACUCAGAGCGGAUCCCAGUCGCUGUGCGUGUCAUGCAGCACUCGAAAGCGCAUACGAAAGUACACACAUCUAUCACCCAGUUUUUCCAAGGGGUCGAUCCUCAUGUCAUAGAUCGACCCACCGAGGAUGGUGUGGCUCUUCGAAAAAGGGUCCAUGAAUAUUAUCAGAAGAAUGAUGGUGAACACAAACACAAAGGCAUCGAAAUGGGCUACAUCUACGAAUCAGAAAUUUUGCAAACACCUGGAUCAGGGUCGAAGCCAGUGUGGCAAGAAUACGAAUACAUACCAUCUACAUGGCCAGGAAACCGAGCACCACACGUCUUCCUGACUGACGGGUCCGCUAUCUUCGAUCAUUUCGGCAAAGAUUGGACUUUGGUUUCGUUUAUCGAUAAUAUCGAGGACCACUCCGUGAAGUUGCUCCUGGAUGCCGCAAAUACUCUCCGCAUUCCAGUCAAGCACGUCGACAUCUCAGGCGAACGUCACGCGCGAAAAGUUUGGCAGCGAGACUUGGUGCUUGUACGGCCGGACGAGCACGUUGCUUGGAGAGCAGACUCAAUUCAAGAUUUGAUCGAAGCUCAGAGAAUCUUGGAAGUUGCGGUGGGCUUGAGGCCUGCGGAGAAUGGUGUCGAAAACGCCAGCAAUCGGGUUUGGGACAUGUCCACUUCGGUCGCGGAUGUUGAGGCCAGCGCAAACGAGCACAUACGUGACUUCAUAGCCAAGUUGUGA